CCAAACCCUUAUAUUACAAUAACUCUUUCUCUCUCUAGACACCACACAAGAACAGAGUUUCUUUCUUUCAAGACCAAUCUAGUUAAGAAAUGGAAAACGUUGGAGUUUGUGAUGAGUUUGUUAACCUAAAGGCAACAGAGCUGAGACUAGGAUUACCAGGAACAGAAGAUGGAGGUGAAGAGGAGAGACAAAAGGUUUCUUGCUGUAAAAGCAACAAAAGAGCCUUUCCUGAAACUGAGAAAGAUAUUGAAUCUACCGGAAAAACUGAAACAGCCUCUCCUCCAAAGGCUCAGAUUGUUGGAUGGCCACCUGUAAGAUCUUACAGGAAGAACAAUAUUCAGACGAAGAAGAAUGAAUCUGAAGGUCAAGGAAUGUAUGUGAAAGUAAGUAUGGAUGGUGCUCCCUAUCUGAGGAAGAUAGAUCUAACGGUGUAUAAGCAAUAUCCAGAAUUGAUGAAAUCGCUUGAAAACAUGUUUAAAUUCUCUGUGGGAGAAUAUUGUGAGAGAGAAAGAUAUAAAGGCUCAGAGUUUGUGCCUACUUAUGAAGACAAAGAUGGUGAUUGGAUGCUUGUUGGAGAUGUUCCUUGGGAGAUGUUUGUUUCGUCUUGUAAGAGGCUAAGGAUCAUGAAAGGAUCAGAAGCUAAAGGUCUCGGUUGUGGUGUUUAAGAAAACCCUAGAAGAUUCAAAAACAGAGUUUUUUUCUGUUUUCUCUAAUUUGCUUGGGUUUUCGGGGGAAGAUAUGUCAUAUAAACAUAACUGUGAAUCUUUACCUUGUCGGUUAAUGUAUUCACUUUCUUGUGGUGUUCUUGAUUCUGAUGGUAACAAAUGUACCAGUGAGAGGCUUAAACGGUGUUAAGCAUAAUUGUGUGCUAUUUGAAAGUUCUGAAUCUGAACAUUAUGUUUGCUUUUUUUUUUUAUGUAACAGAAACCAUUUUUGUGUUAUGGUUCUCUUCUUUUUGCUA